GAUUUCCAUGUGGAGAAAUGGAGACAGUGAGGCAGGCACUGAAUCGCCUCACCUCGACCCUCUGCCCCUCAACUCGGUGGUGACCACGCGUCCACAUCUCUCAUCUUUCUUUCUCCGCUAUUCUCCUCCAGUCCUCUUCUCUUCUUCCUCCCUCCCUUCGCCCACUGAAUCGCCAAAAAAAUUCCCCUCCUCCACUCCAUCUCUAUAAAAAUCCUCCCCCAAAUCUCGCCUCGUUUAGCCAGCACAACUCACACAACUCUCUCUCUCUCUCUCUCUCUCUCUCUCUCGUCGUCUGCAAGCUUCCGCCUCCCGGAUCGCGGCGACCACCGGAGGAGGAGGGAGCAGCCAUGGCGAACAUCGACAUGGGGAAGAUCCUGGCGGGGCUGGAGAACGACGACGCGCGGGUGCCCAAGACCAAGCUGGUCUGCACGCUCGGCCCGGCCUCCCGCUCCGUCCCCAUGCUCGAGAAGCUGCUCCGCGCCGGGAUGAACGUCGCGCGCUUCAACUUCUCCCACGGCACCCACGAGUACCACCAGGAGACCCUCGACAACCUCCGCCAGGCCAUGCACAACACCGGCGUCCUCUGCGCCGUCAUGCUCGAUACCAAGGGUCCUGAGAUUCGUACUGGAUUUUUGAAGGAUGGCAAGCCAAUCAAGCUAACAAAGGGUCAAGAACUCACUGUUACCACCGAUUAUGAGAUCAAGGGUGAUGAGAACAUGAUUACCAUGAGUUACAAGAAACUGCCAGUUGAUGUGAAGCCUGGAAAUGUCAUUCUCUGCGCCGAUGGUACAAUCUCUUUGACUGUUUUGUCCUGUGAUCCAAAGGCUGGAACUGUGAGGUGUAGGUGUGAGAACACAGCAAUGCUUGGCGAGAGAAAGAAUUGCAAUCUGCCAGGAAUUGUUGUGGACCUUCCUACACUGACUGAGAAGGAUAAAGAAGACAUUUUGGGAUGGGGUGUGCCAAAUGACAUAGACAUGAUUGCUCUGUCGUUUGUCCGUAAAGGAUCAGAUUUGGUUACCGUCAGACAACUUCUUGGACAGCAUGCAAAGCGCAUCAAGCUGAUGUCAAAGGUUGAAAACCAAGAGGGUGUUGUAAACUUCGAUGAGAUCUUGAGGGAAACGGAUGCAUUUAUGGUUGCUAGAGGUGAUCUUGGAAUGGAGAUUCCAGUUGAGAAGAUAUUCCUUGCACAGAAGAUGAUGAUUUACAAGUGCAACCUUGCUGGAAAGCCUGUUGUGACUGCUACUCAGAUGCUUGAGUCGAUGAUCAAAUCACCACGUCCAACUCGUGCUGAGGCAACUGACGUUGCAAAUGCAGUUCUUGAUGGAACUGACUGCGUCAUGCUUAGUGGAGAGAGUGCUGCUGGAGCAUACCCUGAAGUAGCUGUGAAGAUCAUGGCACGUAUAUGUGUUGAGGCAGAGUCUUCCCUUGACAACGAAGCUGUCUUCAAGGAGAUGAUCAGGUCUGCGCCCCUUCCGAUGAGCCCAUUGGAGUCUCUCGCAUCCUCUGCUGUACGCACAGCCAACAAGGCCAAGGCAGCCCUGAUUGUUGUCUUGACUCGUGGUGGUACCACGGCAAAGCUGGUUGCCAAGUAUCGUCCCAGGGUUCCAAUCCUCUCUGUGGUUGUCCCCGUGUUGACAACCGAUUCAUUCGACUGGACAAUCAGCUCGGAGGGCCCAGCAAGGCACAGCCUAAUCUACAGAGGUCUUGUUCCUCUCCUGGCUGAGGGUUCUGCCAAAGCCACCGAUUCGGAGUCGACAGAGGUCAUCCUUGAUGCUGCUCUCAAGUCAGCUGUACAGAAGCAGUUGUGCAAGCCUGGUGAUGCUGUUGUUGCUCUGCACCGUAUUGGCGUCGCAUCCGUGAUCAAGAUCUGCAUCGUGAAGUAAUCGCUACACGGUGUCUUCUUAGCGCCAUUUUGCUGGGUUAAGUGGCAAAACAAAAACUGCUAUGCUUGUUUUUACUCCCAUAGUCCAUCUUUGGGAGACAAUUUAAUUACCGUAUCAGCCCCUGCAGUUCGCAGGGUGCCUUUCGUUACAUAGAUUUGCUGGUAAAAUGAGGAGAGAUAGAACUCCAUUAUGUAGAGCUCUAUUUAUCGUCGAUGCCAUGUAGUAUGGCAGGUGGUUUCUAUUCCAUGCCUGCACAAUUUUCUGGUAGCUACUGUGUUGUUUGAUUACUGUUUUUUCAGGUGAUGUCGAUGGAGUUGAUAAUAAUAUUGGCAUCAUUGUCGUUGUAUACGAGUUAAAAAAGAAUGUCCCAGGAUUCAUCAGGAAUCUGGUGUGCCCAUAUGGCCAUAUGGAUUUUUGUCUUGUUUAAGAUUCCGGUGACCGGGGUACGAAA